AUGGCAUUGAGAGCAAAGGAUCCGAAAGCUAAUAAAAGAAUACAGACCAUGCUCAAAAGAACCAAAAGUGCCAACAAAUCUGUCAUGGAAGAUGCUAUCGAUAAUAAUAAUACAGCAGAUACAUUAGCAGGUCCUUCUCAACCUGAUGAAGAUGAUUAUGGAUUUGUAUCUGAAUUAUCUUCUCAACUUUAUAAUAAACUUAUACAGAAAAUGUAUAGCACACCAUCAAAUGAUUCUCCAAAAUUUUCACCUUCCAAAAAGCCGACUGGUGUAAAAAUGGCUUUGCUCAGGCAGGAAGAAGAAGAUAAAUUACCUCAUAGGAAAAAAAGAAAACUGAAGGAUAAAAAAGAUGAAGAUGAUGAUAUUCCCACAGAUUAUGUAUCAUCAGAUAGGGAAAUAAAUAAAAGUAAUCAGGAAUCGACCGAGCAAAAGCAACAUGAACCGAUCGUUUUCGAACCUAAAGUGGUUAAAUCUCAAGAACCAGAAGUUUUGAUGACAAAAAAACAAAAAUUAGAACAUGAAAAAAUGUUAGAAUUGAAACGUCAAAGAGAAAUGAGGUUGCAAAAUAUAGAAAGUUUUGAAAAAUCAGGACAUAAUCAGGAAAAUAAAAAAUCAAUUCCGAAAAUCCCUAAAAUAAAUCAUCAGUCCAAUUCGGAACAAAAAGUAUUAUUAACAUCACAGAAAAAAUUGACAACAAGUGGACAAUCGGUGGAAAAGUCAUCGAGUGGUGGUAAAACGACAAAAAAUUUCGAUAAAAGUGAUAGGACAUUAAAUUUAAAUAAAUCAAAAGAAUUAAGUGAAAAAAAUAAUAAAAUCAAAUCGGGACCUGAUAAAAAAUCAAUAAAUAAUAAUAAUAAUAAUAAUAAUUCCGAAAAAAAGAAUAAAAUCCUUGAUGACGAAACGACGAGUAGACUCAUUAAAGAAAGGGAUGAAGCAUUGAAAUUGUUAAAAGAAAAGGAAAGAUUGAUAAAAGAGAGAGAUGAAGCUGUUAGAAUGUUGAAAGAAAAGGAACAGUUGAUAAAGGAAAGAGAUGAGGUUGUGAGAAAAUUAAAAUUAUUAGAAGAAAGUGAAAAAAUCCAGAAAAAAUCCAAUAGCAACGUGAAAAACGGGAAUGGUGGAACGACGUCGAAAAAAAUCCCUGGUGGGGAUAAAAAUUUAUCAAAAGUAUCAUCGAUGAAUGGAGGAACUGGGAAAUCCAAUUUGAAAAGUGAUUCUUCAUCAACCAAAUCUAAUUCUGGAGUUAACAAAAGUGGACAAAAACCUAAUUUGAAAUGCGUUAGCAAGAACGUACCGGAAAAAGGAAAUUCUGUACGAGAAUUUCCACCGAAAGACGUUAGACCCUCAGGAAAAUUUAAUAAUUUUCCGAGAAAUCAAAAAUUUCCACCUGGUGUUGUACGAAGAAAAGGACUCGCACUUAAAAAACGUUGCAUCGAAUCCGAUGAUGAAUACGAUUCGGAAUUGGAUGAUUUUAUUGACGAUGAUACGAAUGAUAUGGAAUCGGAAGAUGUGUCAAAAGUGAUCUCAGAAAUAUUCAGAUACGAUAAAAAUAAGUACUCUAAAUACGACGAAAUGGAUGAUGAAUGCAUGGAAUCAAAUUAUGCGCAAAUAUCAAAAGAAGAAUUUUUCAGCACAAAAUGUGGCAUUUUAGAAGAUUUACAAGAUAUACAAAGGGAAAAAGCUAAAACAAUAAAAAAACAAAAAAGAUGA